UAAUGUUUUUGUUUCUUUGGUGCAUUGUUUUAUGGCAAUCGGUUUCUGGGUAUUGAUUUUUUAUGCUUUUUUUUAUAGAAAAAUGUGAAUCUUUUUAUUGUUAGGGGUCAGUUUUUGGAUGAUCGUUUGAUUUGUGAGUACCCAAAUUGAUGUUGGUUUGAUCAGGUUUUUGUUUAGAGCUGAUGCUGAAAUUUGUUAAAGUUUUAAAUUUUCUUUUUUUGUUAAAAAAGAAAUACUGACUUAUAAAGUUUCAAACUAUUUUCUAAAAACAGAUUGUUGUUUGGUUUUUGGAUGAUAUUUAUUGUUUGUAAUUGAUUUAGAUUCAGUUUUGGGUAAUUGGAUUUUGGCCUUAAGUAAAAGAUCAAUGGUGGUUUUCUGGUUUUUACAAUGAUAAUCAGAGUGAGGAGGUUUCCUUUUUUGCAUGGGAAAAGAAUGCCAGAUUUGAGAGGUGGAAUUCGACGAUCAAAGAGGAUCAAUGACAACCAGGAGAGCCCUGCUGCCUUAGUUCCAUCUGCCCGGCGUGGUGCUGCUGGUAGGGGUAGAGGUAGAGGGCGUAGAGCAAUGAAUCAGGAUGACAAUGGCAAGCUUGUUGGUCCUGGUGCCUGUGGCAGGGGUUGCCCUGGAAUAAACUUUCCAGUAAGGCAGGUAGUUGAGAAAAGCGCAGAAAGAUUGGUUGCUGUUGAGGAAGAAGGAAGCACAAAUCCACUUCCUGAAAGGGUACAGCUUGGUAACUCUCCUGUGUACAAGUUAGAUAGAAAGCUGGGUAAAGGGGGUUUUGGGCAGGUUUAUGUUGGAAGAAGGAUAUCUGGUGGCACAGGGUGCAGUGGACCUGAUGCCUUUGAGGUUGCUUUGAAAUUUGAGCAUCGAAACGGUAAAGGAUGCAGUUCUGGUCCUCCUUAUGAGUGGCAAGUGUACAGCACUCUUAAUGGUUGUUAUGGAAUUCCCUUGGUUCAUUACAAAGGUCAACUAGGAGACUACUACAUCCUUGUCAUGGAUAUGCUAGGUCCAAGUUUAUGGGAUGUUUGGAACUCAAACAACCAAAUGCUGACAGAAGAGAUGGUUGCUUGUAUAGCAGUGGAGGCAAUAUCAAUUCUUGAGCAGCUUCAUCAGAAAGGUUUUGUACAUGGAGAUGUUAAGCCCGAGAACUUUUUGCUUGGCCAGCCUGGGACCUCGAAAGAGAAGAACUUGUAUCUAAUUGAUCUUGGUUUGGCUUCAAGAUGGAAGGAGGCAGCUUCUGGACGUCAUGUUGAUUAUGACCAAAAGCCUGAUGUGUUUAGGGGAACUGUACGUUAUGCAAGUGUACAUGCUCAUUUGGGUAGGACAGGGAGUCGAAGGGAUGACCUUGAGUCAUUGGCUUAUACACUCAUAUUUCUACUUAGAGGAAAGCUUCCUUGGCAAGGUUACAUUGGGGAGAACAAAGGAUUUCUUGUUUGUAAGAAGAAGAUGGGAACUUCUCCUGAGAUGCUUUGUUACUUGUGUCCCCCUCCUUUUCAACAGUUUCUCGAGAUUGUGACCAAUAUGAAAUUUGACGAAGAACCCAAUUACUCAAAGCUCAUUUCCCUUUUUCAUAAUAGCAUAGAUUUCAAUUCAUUAAUACAUCCUAUCCAAAUUGAUGGAGCUAUUAAGGUGGGUCAAAAAAGGGGAAGAUCACUUGCUGAGUUGGAAAAUGCUGAGCAGCUUAAGAAGAAAGUUCGGCUAGGUUCUCCUGCUUCUCAAUGGAUCUCAAUCUAUAAUUCCAGAACUUCGAUGAAGCAGAGGUAUCACUACAAUGUUAUGGAUUCAAGACUCUACCAUCACGUGGAGAAGGGAAAGGAAGAUGGCUUGUAUAUUAGCUGUGUAGCAUCGUCAUUGAAUCUGUGGGCCAUUGUUAUGGAUGCAGGGACAGGGUUCACAUCUCAGGUUUAUGAGUUAUCACCAAUCUUUUUGCACAAGGAGUGGAUAAUGGAACAGUGGGACAAGAAUUACUACAUCACUUCAGUUGCCGGUGCAUGCAAUGGCAGUGCAUUGGUUGUUAUGUCAAAAGGUACUCCCUACACACAGCAGUCCUACAAAGUUAGUGAUGUAUUUCCUUUCAAAUGGAUUAAUAAGAAGUGGAAAGAAGGCUUCUCUGUGACCUCAAUGGCCACUGCAGGCAGCAAAUGGGGCAUUGUUAUGUCCCGAAAUGCAGGCUAUCUUAGUCAGGUUGUUGAACUUGAUUUCCUUUAUCCAAGUGAGGGUAUUCAUAGAAGAUGGGAAAAAGGAUAUCGGAUUACAUCAGCAGCAGCUACAGAGGACCAAGCUGCAUUCAUUCUUAGUGUACCUAAGAGAAAAUCACAAGAUAUAAUGCAAGAAACUUUGCGUACAUCUGCUUUUCCUAGUACCCAUGUAAAGGAUAAAUGGUUGAAAAAUCUGUAUAUUUCAUCAAUUUGCUAUGGGAGGACAGUGUCCUGAAGUUUGGUAUUUGAAACAAGCAAUUGCCGUUACAAGUUGAAGGCAGUAGAUAUUUUGCUUGUUGGCUGUCGCCUUGGAGGAUGCUGAAAGUCUUGGUGUUGCAUAGAGACACCAUUUAGCAUGUAGAAAGCUUCAACUGGGCAGAGUGCAAACAAAGGCUUUUCAAACCUCCCAAGUUUGUAAAGUGCCCAAAGGAUGUGGAAUGUAAAUCAUACUUACUACCAGAGGUUUUAUUAUUUUUGUAGAUGAAGUUGUCGGAAUUUAAACUUUGAUCACUAGAACUAAAACACGAGAUUUGAUUUUAAAAUGGGCUGAAAUCAUCCUAAAACUUCAUGUUUGUAUAUGUAACCACGUACAAGUUUUUAAGUAACAACUUUUAGUUUUGCCCCCGCUGAAAUUUAAUCAGUAUUCCUACUUGUAAAUUUUUAAGUAUAUCAUAACAUGAAAAGGAUAAAGUUACCUAAAGAAAUUUGGGAUAAAAUGGGUUAUUUUCAAAAAUUAAAAAUCAGAGUUUGCUUACAAGCAAGUAUAGUGCCAACA